UGACGCCCCUUGGAUAUACCUAGAAAAGGCACUGAAUCUCUGAUAUUUUCGGGAAAAGUAACACAUUUUUUUCGACCAAAGUUGUUUUCUGAUUCGGUGCUAGCUAGAAAACUGAAAAAAGUGGCAAUAAAAGCUUUUCCAGAAAGGCGCAUUUCCCAUGGAUUCACUCAGAAGCUGAUGUGAGAAAAUAAAAUAUAAUGCUGAAUAUUUAAAGACAUUAGCGACGUUCUUAUAUGAUAAUUUCAAUGAAAUCGCCAAUUAUGAAUAAUUCAGUAGAGAAUAAGAAUAUGAUAUUUGGGGAAAAUAAGAAUAAGUUACGAAAAUUUUUUGAAUCUUGAAAACAAUGAAUACCAUAUUUUCUCAGUGAUGAAUCGAAUGUUAGAAAAAGCUCUUUGAGUCUUUCAGUUUUUGUAUACCUCAUGACGAAUGAUUGAACCUCAUUUUCUUGUUCUUUAUUAAAGUUCUCACCGUUAUCUCUUACUGUUUAGAAUUGCACGAUAAAGUUAUCAUCAAACGAUAUUGUGUUAUUUUUCAAACGACUGUAUUUGGCUUUAACUAUGCUACUUGUACAAACCAUGAGAAAAAAGUUCGAACGCUGUCGUAUAACUUUGAGUUUACUUCGUCAUCAUAGAUAGAACGAGAUGUCUUUUACUUUAUCACAUAUAUUUAAAGUAGCCAAACGUCGGCGUGAAUUCAAAGCUUUAAACCAAUGUCUAGUUCAAGUAUGGUUUGGAUUAAAGGCUAAGAAAUCAAUUUUAUUUUCACUGUUCUAUAGUGUUAGUCAAUAUUGAUGAGUCUAUAAAGAAGAUUAUUUGUUGUUCUCACUCAACAUUUGGAUAAUUUUCUACAAAUAAGUCAGACUUGUAUAUCUUCAAAAUCGACUUGAUACAAAAGUCUAUUGUUCGAACGUAGAGAAUAUUCUACCUUCUCGAAUAUUUAUCAGAUAAAUAAAUCUUUCUUGUAUUCACACAUCUGGAACUGUUUUUCUUUCAGAUCUAGCGCCAUUAUGGACUUAGGAUCGUUGUCUCUUGUAUUAUUCUCGAUAAUUUACACUUUCUUAGUAAAUGGUUGUUUAUCAAAAUCUCAAACGAAAAAUCAACAUCAAAUUACUGUUGUAAAUGAAUUUCCGUCCACAUCAAAAUUCUACAAUGAUUAUUUAAUAAAAUCUGAAACAGUUUUAUUUCAUCAAGCCCUUUCCGAUGAUCCACACAUCUCUAUGUGGCAAAAUGAUGAACAGUUAGAAGAUAUUCAUGAACUUUCAAAUACAAUAGUUAAUGUUGAAUUAACUCAACCUCAACAACAACCUCAACAUCAUCGAUUGCGUUUAAAAUUUCCUGAAUUUCUUUCACGAUAUAAAGAAGAAGAUAUGUUUUUGAUUGAUGAAAUACCCAAAACAUUAAGAAAAUAUUUCAUUAUACCAAAACCAUUACAGUGUCCAAAUGCAUUAGAUACAUUUCAAUCAGCAAUUUUAUUAUUUAGUAGUAGGAGCAGUUCAACAUCCAUUAUGCAUGAUGAAGAAUUUGAUAGUAUCCAUUGUUUAUUAAGAGGACAAAAACGUUUUAUUAUGAUAGAUACACAUAAACAUUCAAACAUUAUUGAAAUGCUAUUUUAUAAUAAAACACGGGAUGACUCAAUCGUUGAUCUAGAAAAAAUCGAUUAUGACAAAUAUCCAGCAUUUUUAAAUCUUAAAUAUUAUGAAGUUAACAUGACAAGUGGAGAUUGUCUUUUUAUUCCAGCUUUAUGGAUUUACCAAGUGCAUUUAUUUGAAAGCAACAUAGGCAUUGUGUAUAAUAUUAAUCAUGAUCAUGCUAUUGAUAUUGAAUUAGAUUCAAAAACAUGUUCACCAAACGAAUUUGAUUCAUCAUUGACACUCGAUAUGAUCGAGUGGCCGGCACCUGAAAAUCAACCUCAAAGUCUAAAAAGUUUAAUGUUAGAUCUUAUUAGUAAAAAUGUUAACGGUUUUGAACAGUGGAAACGUGUAUUUUCUAAAUUUUAUGAUAGUGUUGAUAUUGAUGGUAAUGGUAAAAUAACAAAGUCAGAAAUUCAAGAUAUCGAUGGUGUACAUCAACAUCACAUAUCGGAUAUUAUUUAUGAAAUUGUGCAUAUUAUUAGUUCGAAAAGCAAAAAUUCUAAGCCAGUUAAUGAUGAAGUUAAACAACAAAAUGAUGAUACUAAUGAUUUUGAUAAGUCCACGGAAACAGUAACAGAGCAAGAAGUCGACGAUGCUGACGAACAUGUUCAAUUGCAUCCUCAUCAUGAUUUAUAA